AUGGUGCUGCAUUUGGACCUCUGGCCGUCAGAAGGGUCAGAGAGCAGUCAUGAUUGCACCCGAAGUAACGAAACAUCGUCCUGUCACAGAGCAUUGACACUAUCUGUUGAGAAAGAGGAUGAAUCUUGGGGACGUCUUGGGCUGGCUUCAAAUUCUAUUGCAGUUGGCUGGAGCUUGACCAAAAAGAUUGUGCCUCAACUUCAGGACUCUUGGCUGUACAAUGCCAAGACAGCCUUCUCGAUGUGCAGUGGUGCUGGGACAGCAGAGUCUUCAAGGGCGGUGUUGCAGAACAUAGUCCAAAAGUUUCCUUUGCCAGGCGUUGAGAAAACAAUGGACAUACAGACUGUGGCACUAUGGGAGAAUGCAUCGGCAUGCAACCAGCUUCUGUUUGACAACCACCGAUGGUGCAUGGAGACCGUGGACAAGGACCACGACAUGCCUCAUUUCUUCAAUGACAUACUGUCAUUGAACUGCGCAGGGACAUUCCGUGACAAAGACUCCUACCAAACAAAGAGACGGAAGAUCUGUAGGUCAGUGCUUCUUCCAACACAGUUGUGCAACACCCAUUCUCACACUGAUUCAGAGUCAGAUUGGUGCACGGUUCCUUCACCUGAUUAUGGCUGUUCUGGUCUACCAUGCACUGAUAUGAGUCGUGCUGGACGCCAAUUGAAAAAAUAUGGCCCGACGAACAGUGUCUACAUGACUCACGGAAAGUAUGUCGAGACCAAGGAGGUCCCAAUCUUUACAGUAGAAUGUACACCUGAGUUGGACAUGGACAUGAUGGAAGAAACUCAUCCAUCAUAUGAUUUCUAUCGCGUCGACUUCUCCACUGCGGAUACUGGUCAUGCUGGUGUGGCACGGGACAGGGUAUAUGUGCUUGCUUCCCACAAAGAUCGCUCAUCAUGCAAGUACGACCCCAUGUCACUGAAAGCUAUGAUAGCGGACAGAAUGAGGGAGAAAGUUCAAACAAGACCCUCUGACUACUUCAUGGCACAGGUGGUUGAGGUUCAGCAAGAGGCACUCCAGUUGGCCAUUCGCAGGAAAGUUGAAUACAGACCUAACUGCCGUGACUUGUCCUACUUGUUGACAGAACGUGAGCAGGCCGCCCUGCUUGCUUAUGAGAAUGCUUACAGGGCUGAGUUUUCUGUGGAACCAUCACAAGACCCUGACUUAGUUGUGUUUUUGGGAGAUGAUGGUGUGAAGUGGCGCACAUGGAGUGCCAAGAGUCACCAAAUACCAACCUUUAGGAGAAAUGCGAAAACGGGACUAUUCUGGUCACCCUUUCUGAAGAGGUACCUAGUCUCAAGAGAGAAACUUGCAGCUCUAGGCUGGCCUGUGUCAGAGCACAUGGCAGGCCCAAUGAGGUGUAAGCCAAUACCGACACAGGACGUAAUUCGUGCAGCUGAUCUUGCCGGAAACGGGAUGCACUUCCCAUGCGUAGCCAUAGCACAGAUGUUGGCUCUGUGUUGCUUUGGCCCCCAGGAGUACUAA